GGAGGGGGUGGUUAGGGCAGUGCUGCAGUGGGAGGCACAGGGCCAAGUGCUGACGUCUCAGUUUUCCAUUGAAAAGCGAAAUAGCAGCGAACAGCGGCACAGACACACAGAGAGAGACAGCAGCCACUGAGACACACACUGCGCAACGCAGAGGCUGGAGGUGUGGAUAUCGUGCCAGCAACAUGUUCUCUCUGCUGCUCCUCACUGUCCUGGCAGCAGCACUCCCGGUGCUGGACAGCCAGCGUAUCACUGAGCUGACGGCCUGCACCACAGUGAGGGAUGAGCUACGGCUGGACUGUAAGUACACUAAAGAGUCGAGCAGCAGCACGGUGCAGUAUGAGUGGACACUGUCUCAGGAAGGGAAGAGCCUGCAGGCACUGGCCAGCGACACCAAGAGACCCAUCAACAACCGCAUCUCCGUCAACCAGACCGACUCCAUGGUGCGGCUCCUGAUGAAGGACUUUUUGGCCCACAAAGACGCCGGCACAUACGGCUGCCGGCUGGAGCCUUCCAUCUCCCCCCACACUGACAGCAACAAGACUAUUCUGGUCAGCAGAGAUGCCAAUCCCAUCUGCUCGGCCCCGGGGUUGCUGCCCCCUUGGGGGGCGCUGCUCUGGCUGGCUGUGCUUCAGGCUCUGGGUGGUCUGCCCUAUGGGGAGUAAUCGCCGCCGGUGGGGGGCCAGGGGAAACGAGCGAGGGUUUCUGUCUCCUGAGGAAUCGUUUCGGGCCAGUAGUGGGGGGGGCGGGGGGCAGCUCCCAUCGUCACCCUGGGCCACGCCCAGAACCCACGGAAAUAUUUCCCCCCCCACAUUCUCCCCCCCAUCCCCAAUGUCAAUCGCUGGUGCCAACCGCAGUCCUGCUAUUCAUUCGGAUUUCCUGACUUCCUGACCUGCUCUGGGAGCUGGGGGCUCGGGGGCUGCCACACAGGCCUCCUUCAGUUAGGCACACCACCCCCCCCCCCACCCUCCGCUGAUUCUCUGCUGCUGUUAAACAGAUAAAUAAUAAUCUCAAACAUGCGUUAGCUAGCUUUCUCCCCAAUGUACGUUACCAUCCAAUUUGCUAAAAAUGCUCAGGUAUGUAUCAGCCCCAUGUAUGCUCCUGGGGGCCCCUGUGUGUGCGCUCCUGGGGGCCCCUGUGUGU